AUGCAGCAGUUGGGAGGGGAGGAGUGUCUGGUCCCUCAGCCUCGUGGGAGUCUACCCAAAGCCUGUGCGAUAGGAUUGGCUACCGUGGUGACGGUGGCUAUCUUGGUUUUGGAGCCUGAGUGCUUCUUCAGACACGUUGCUGCAGCGAUACUCAUCCUGACUGUGGGGCCCUCACUGCACGGAGUGUUUCUUCUCUCAGAGGAAUGUCUGCAUCAUGCAAAUACCAGGUGAGGGAACUUAUUAACUUCCAUACUCACAAAACAUGGUAGCCGAAUAAAUUGAUUUACAUGUUAUUUACAUGGAUAUUUACAUGUUACCUGCCUCCCUCUCGCUCUACCUCCCUCUCUCUCUCUCUCUCACUUCCUCUCCCUCUCUCCUCUCUCUCUUUCUCUCUGCCCAGAUACCGUGGUGGGAGGCUGGGUCAGAUGGUGACAGCCUGUGUGGGUGUGUGUACCCUCCUGGGUGUGGGGUUGGCAGUGCUGCUGUUUGUCUUGACCGAGCCCCAGCCCUGGAGGGACCAGUGGAGCAUGGUUAUCCUGGCCUGUGUCCUCUACCCUCUACUCAAAACCCUGGGAGUACUGGUGAGAUAACAAGCGCCUAAUCUGGAACUCUCACACACAGUAUGAACCAACACAGGACCCUAUGUGUCUCCAGGUUGAGUUUUAAUCAUUUUAUUUUUUGGUCAUUUAGCAGACGCUCUUAACCAGAGCGACUUACAGGAGCAAUUAGGGUUAAGUGCCUUGCUCAAGGGCACAUCGACAGAUUUUUCACCUAGUCGGCUCGGGGAUUAGAACCAGCGACCUUUCGGUUACUGGCACAACGCUCUUAACCACUAAGCUACCUGCCGCCCCAUCAUCAGUCUAGUGCUCCAAACUCUUUCCUUUAUGCCAAUAAUAACACUGUUUACCUUCGUAAAGCCAAUGAAGGUGAAUGAUACUGUACGAGACGCAUAUUUCUGUCCCCUGAAACCCAAAAGAGUAACCCCUAUUAGUCAGCUAUUAGUCAACCCCUAUUAGUCAGCUAAUCAGCAGAAGUGGCAUGGACUUGUUUUGAAAUACACCAAGCAGCUUUCAUUUUGUUGUGGUUAAUUUCUUCUGAAAAUCGUGUUUCCCAAAUAUUUCUAAGGAAACUAGUAUUCUUCCCUAAAUCACCACAGAGUAAACAUGGAAAGAGCUAUGUAUCCAGUGAGGUGCAACACACUGUUCAUGCAGUCUAGUCCCUGGGACCAUUGAGGAACCCUGAGGUUUUCUGACUAGGGCUGUUGUGUUACCAUAUUACCGCCAUGAGUCAUGACCGCAGUAAACUUCUACAUGACUGUUGAGUCAUGGUAAUCUCCUCUUAUGCAGUCUGGCAUUAGUAGUACCCAACUAGCUAACGACCGUCAGGUUGCUAAUGGCCUGGUGCUCAGGGCUCUAUUGUCCCUCUAACCACUCUGACAUCAAUUCAAAUGCAAACGAAAAUCACAUCAAAUAUUUAUCAUCAAAACAGUUUAGUGCUUUUAAAACUCACCUCAGUGUGAUGAUCAAUUUGAAGAACAACAGGUUGAAACUGACGUUAAUGUGCCCUUGAGCAAGGCACUUAACCCUAAUUGCUCCUGUAAGUCGCUCUGGUUAAGAGCGUCUGCUAAAUGACUAAAAUGUAAAAUGUAAAUGAAACUGAGUGUAAAACAUGGUCUUGUGGAUGUUGUUUCAAAGCCUAACACAACGAAAUGGACAGCGCUUUAUAAGGUGAUGAUUAAUUCAAAAUAUCCAUAUGCAUAUUAGAUAACAAGGCCGAAAAAAAGAACUUCAUUAAAAUUAUGAUUGUGCCGUUAUACAAUACAAAGCCUAUCGCAUAUUACCCAUGGCAGAAAAACAUAAAACAAAACUGAUUUAAGAUGUCUUUGGUACAUAAUUGUUCUAGCCUAUACUCCAAAAUUAAACAAAUUCGAGUAAUGGCCUUUGAGUGUGGACUGUAUUAUUAUGCAUACUGGAUGGACUGGUUACAUUAUGCUACACUCCCAAAUGUAUAUACAGUGGGGGAAAAAAGUAUUUAGUCAGCCACCAAUUGUGCAAGUUCUCCCACUUAAAAAGAUGAGAGAGGCCUGUAAUUCUCAUGAUAGGUACACGUCAACUAUGACAGACAAAUUGAGAAAAGAAAAUCCAGAAAAUCACAUUGUAGGAUUUUUAAUGAAUUUAUUUGCAAAUUAUGGUGGAAAAUAAGUAUUUGGUCAGCUACAAACAAGCAAGAUUUCUGGCUCUCACAGACCUGUAACUUCUUCUUUAAGAGGCUCCUCUGUCCUCCACUCGUUACCUGUAUUAAUGGCACCUGUUUGAACUUGUUAUCAGUAUAAAAGACACCUGUCCACAACCUCAAACAGUCACACUCCAAACUCCACUAUGGCCAAGACCAAAGAGCUGUCAAAGGACACCAGAAACAAAAUUGUAGACCUGCACCAGGCUGAGAAGACUGAAUCUGCAAUAGGUAAGCAGCUUGGUUUGAAGAAAUCAACUGUGGGAGCAAUUAUUAGGAAAUGGAAGACAUACAAGACCACUGAUAAUCUCCCUCGAUCUGGGGCUCCACGCAAGAUCUCACCCCGUGGGGUCAAAAUGAUCACAAGAACGGUGAGCAAAAAUCCCAGAACCACACGGGGGGACCUAGUGAAUGACCUGCAGAGAGCUGGGACCAAAGUAACAAAGCCUACCAUCAGUAACACACUACGCCGCCAGGGACUCAAAUCCUGCAGUGCCAGACGUGUCCCCCUGCUUAAGCCAGUACAUGUCCAGGCCAGUCUGAAGUUUGCUAGAUUGCAUUUGGAUGAUCCAGAAGAGGAUUGGGAGAAUGUCAUAUGGUCAGAUGAAACCAAAAUAUAACUUUUUGGUAAAAACUCAACUCGUCGUGUUUGGAGGACAAAGAAUGCUGAGUUGCAUCCAAAGAACACCAUACCUACUGUGAAGCAUGGGGGUGGAAACAUCAUGCUUUGGGGCUGUUUUUCUGCAAAGGGACCAGGACGACUGAUCCGUGUAAAGGAAAGAAUGAAUGGGGCCAUGUAUUGUGAGAUUUUGAGUGAAAACCUCCUUCCAUCAGCAAGGGCAUUGAAGAUGAAACGUGGCUGGGUCUUUCAGCAUGACAAUGAUCCCAAACACACCGCCCGGGCAAUGAAGGAGUGGCUUCGUAAGAAGCAUUUCAAGGUCCUGGAGUGGCCUAGCCAGUCUCCAGAUCUCAACCCCAUAGAAAAUCUUUGGAGGGAGUUGAAAGUCCGUGUUGCCCAGCGACAGCCCCAAAACAUCACUGCUCUAGAGGAGAUCUGCAUGGAGGAAUGGGCCAAAAUACCAGCAACAGUGUGUGAAAACCUUGUGAAGACUUACAGAAAACGUUUGACCUGUGUCAUUGCCAACAAAGGGUAUAUAACAAAGUAUUGAGAAACUUUUGUUAUUGACCAAAUACUUAUUUUCCACCAUAAUUUGCAAAUAAAUUCAUUAAAAAUCCUACAAUGUGAUUUUCUGGAUUAUUUUUUCUCAUUUUGUCUGUCAUAAUUGACGUGUACCUAUGAUGAAAAUUACAGGCCUCUCUCAUCUUUUUAAGUGGGAGACCUUGCACAAUUGGUGGCUGACUAAAUACUUUUUUUCCCCACUGUACAUGAGUCUGGGGGUGCUGUUGUUUCAUUGAUUGUGCAGGGCGACUUACAGGUAGCCUACAAUUAUAGUGAAUUUGUAUUUGAUUUUGAAUAGCUAGUCAAAUCAAAUCAAAUCAAGCUUUAUUUAUACUGCACAUUUCAGACAUGGAAUGCAACACAAUAUGCUUCACCGGAAAACAACUAAUAAAAACAAUGAAAAUGUAGUCCCCUGUAGCUCAGUUGGUAGAGCAUGGCGCUUGCAACGCCAGGGUUGUUGGUUCGUUUCCCACGGGGGGCAGUAUGAAAAUGUAUGUACUCACUAACUGUAAGUCGCUCUGGAUAAGAGCGUCUGCUAAAAUGACAAAAAAAAAAAAUAUAUAUAUAUAUAUUCACUACAUAACAAACAUAAGAGGAUAAAAAACAAAAGAACAGGGCCUCCCGAGUGGCGCAGCAGUCUAAGGCACUGCAUCGCAGUGCUAGAGGUGUCGCUACAGACUCUGGUUUGAACCCAGGCUGUACACAACCAGCUGUGAUCGGGAGUCCCAUAAGGAGGCGCACAAUUGGCCCAGUGUCGUCCGGGUUAGGGGAGGGUUUGGCCAGGGGGGCUUUACUUGGCUCCUUGUGGCAGGCCUGCAGGCUGACCUUGGUUGUCAGUUAAACAGUGUUUCCUCUGACACAUUGGUGCUUCUGGGUUAAGUGGGCGGGUGUUAAGAAGUGUGGUUUCAGGGGGAUGCAUGACUUGACCUCUGCCUCCCGAGCCCGUUGGGGAGUUUCAGCGAUGACUAAAAACCAAAGCUAAAAAGGUGUGUUUUAAGAUCUCUUUAAAAAAUGUCCACAGUUUCGGCCCCCCUCAGGUUCUCUGGCAGGCUAUUCUGGGGGCAUAGUAACUAAAGGCUUCCUCUCCAUGCCUCUUGGUCCUAGGCAUUGGGAUAGUUAAAAGGUCUAUGCCAGAGAACCUGAGGGACUUACUGGGUACAUAACUUAAAAUCAUGUCUGACAUGAUGGAUUGAUUUAAAAACCAAUAGAAGAAUCUUAAAAUUAAUUCUAAAACUCACAGGCAGCCAGUGCAGAGACCUUAAAACCGGUAUAAUGUGUGCUCUCCGUCUGGUCUUGGUCAGUACCCAUGCUGCAGCAUUCUGUAAGUUUUGCAGUUGACCAAUGGCUUUCUUGGGUAGACCAGACAGGAGAGCAUUACAGUAGUCAAGCCUGCUUGUAAUAAAAUCAUGAAUGUUUCUCUCUGAAUCAGCCUGAGAGAAAAACAGCUGCACAUUGGGAAUGUUCCUCAGGUGGUAAAAAGCUAUUUUGGUCACAUUCCUUAUGUGUGAUUAGAAAUUGAGUUCAGAAUCUAAAAUAACACCUAGGUUUUGUACCUGGUGUUUUAUCUUUAAUGCCCUUGAAUUAAAAUCUGUGGCCAGAUUCUCUCUCUAUACUUUGGCUCCAACAAUAAGUACCUCGGUCUCGUCUUGAUUUAGCUGGAGGAAGUUGUGAGACAUCCAAGUAUUUAAAUGACUAAUACAGUCUAAUCAUUUGUCCUUGGAGCUAAAGUCCUCUGGUGACACAGAAAUGGAAAGUUGUGUAUCAUCUGCGUAGCAGUGAAAAUCAGUGAUGUGCUUUCUGAUAACGCUGCCAAGGGGUACCAUAUAUAAACUGAACAGUACCGGACCCAAAAUCUAAACUUGUGGAACGCCACAUGUGAUAUGUAUUUUCUCUUAGUAAGGUUCACCAAGGGUGACAAAAAACUCUCAACCGGUUAAAUAGGUCCUAAACCAAUUUAGAACUGGACCAGAGAGGCCAACCCACCACUCCAGUCUGUCCAGAAGGACAUCAUGGACAACAGUGUCGAAUGCAGCACUUAAAUCCAAGAGUACAAGGACAGAGAGCUGUCUGGUAUCUAUGUUGGCUCUAAGAUCAUUUACCAUUUUCACUAUGCUGUGGUGGGCCCGAAAAUCAGAUUGGAAUUUUUCAAAAAUACAGUUGGCACUUGAAAAAUAAUUUUGCUGUUUGAAAACCAAUUUCUCCAGAAUUUUGCUUAUGAAUGGAAAGUUGGAGAUGGCCGAAAAUUGCUAAACGCUGAAGAAUCUAGAUUACUUUUCUUCAGAAGGGGUUUCACCAUAGCAGUUUUUAGUGCAGUGGGGAAAGUGCCUGUGAACAGGGAGUGAUUAACAAUAGCUUGAACUUCUUCAGAUAUGCAAUUAAAAACUGUUUUGAAGAAGGUGGCGGGAUAGGAUCGAGAAGGCAGGUAGAAGGCUUAAGUUGUGAUAUCACUUUCCUGAGCAUGUCGGUGUCAACCAGGGAAAAUAAAUCCAUAGUGCCUUUGUGUGGUAGGCUAGGGCACAUAUCAUCAAACUUCUCAUCAGGUCUUGCUUGAUUGAUACCCAGCCUAAUGUUUGUUAUCUUAUCUCUGAAAUAUACCGCAAACUCAUCACAUUUAGAUGUGGAGGAAAGUUCACAUAGGUUUGCGGGGUUAGGAUUUAUCAGGCCAUCAAUGGUCGUGUAGAGCACUCUCGAAUUAUUCUGAUUAUUAGUGAUCAAGUUAGAAAAAUGAGCCCGUCUGGCAUUUUCUAAUUGCCUUGUUAUAUGCCAAGUUGCUCUCUUGGAAUAUCAUAAUGGACCUGCAAAUUUGUCUUUCUCCACUUCAGCUCUGCCUUUCUGCAAUUUGCAAAGCCCAAAUUCGCUAUUCCAGUGCAUACAGAUAACAUGUAUCCCCCCCCGAAACUAAUUUUACAUAUUCGUAAAGAGUAGAUUACAUUUAGAAUAGUCUGAUGGGUGAAAAUAUGAUCACUUGAUAAGAGAACAGCUGUGCAGCUUGAGGCAAGGAACAGAGCACAAGCAUAUUUUGCGAUUUUCUCAAUCAUCAAUAGCCUGUAGUUGCAUCAUGCAGCCCAUAUGCAGUAUGUUUUGAUUUCGAAGACAUUCUAAGGUUUGUAUCAUUGCCAAAUAACUCUAAAUCUAGCAUAUAGGACCUGUUUCAUAUGAUCACUUUUAUGCUCAACAUAGCCACUUCAUAUGUGCACUUGCUCUGGAAUGAGGAAAUUAUAUUUUAUUCAGCUAAGUUCAAUUAUAUUCUUCUUACUAUAAAAUCAUAUAAUAUAAAAUAAUGGCACGGGACUUAUAAGCAUAUAUUGUCAGCUAAAUGAACAAGCCUACAGCCUAUGGCAUGGAGCAUAGCCAGAUAACAUACAGUAGGCCAACUCAUAUUCUGUUCUUCUGAAAUAUCAUAAUGUUUCUUUAGACCUGACUAAAAUACAUAAUUGAUUUAUUGUGAUUCAUUUGAUUAAUUCAUUCAUUUGACUUUUUUAAAUGUAGAUGUUCCAAAGGCGCGCAUCAGUGGCUUGUACAGUAUGCAGCUCUUAUGUGUGGAGGCCUGGAGAUGCUAAAUGUGUUUAUGUUAAUUAACGGUCAAUUACUGUGAGACCGGCUGACAAAAUGCCACAGCCCUAUUUCUGACACCCACACACAAACUCCCACACACAAAGCUCAGCUAAAAUGUAUAACAUUAAUUCCUACUUCCCAUCUUUUUAUCCCAUUCUCUUGUCCUGUGAGUAAUUCUGGUUAUUUUCCGGUUGUUGUUUCUCUCUCCCAUGUCCAGGGUCCGUCUGAGGUGGAGGUGUCAGAGAUCUGUGAGAAGAGGAAGAUGAAUGUGGCUCAUGGCCUGGCUUGGUCUUUCCACCUGGGCUACCUCAACCUGGUUCUGCCUCGUAAGUAGCAUUAAUUCAUGAAGUGCGCUCAUUUCAUAAAUCAAAAAGCUGUCAUGUCAACGUUGUGUGUGUGUUCCUGUUCAAAUGUACAUGUAUCCCAUUGUGUGUGUGUGCGCGCCCGUGCAUGCAUGUGUGUGUUUCUCUGGUAGGGUUGGAGGGUUCUAUCGCAGAGUUCCGUGCUUCAAAUAUGGUAGGUCCGUUUGAGACCAAGGGUUCCAGAAAGCUCCUCAUCCUCCUCCCUCUCAACGCAAACAUCACUCACAAGCUGGAGGAUGCGGACACUAACAUCAAUUUCCAUGACAACCUCCCUAACACAGAGAUCGACAGGGCAGGUGUCAGGGGGCGUGUCUACAAGCACAGUGUCUACAGCGUAUUGGACAAGGACAGACAGGUAGGCGUGAUUCAUUUACAGGCACAUUCUCAAACACUAUCUCAAAGUGAAAUGCAUCACACUGGCACCACCAUGUGGUCAAAUUGUGAAUCAACAGUGAGUGCUUAUGGAGCUCUGGAAAAUACUAAAACAAACUUGGAAAAGCCCAACACUUGCAACACCGUGGCCAAAUGUGUGGACAAUCUAUAAACCCAUUUGCAGAUUUUUUGCACUGAAACGCCUAAUCACAGUAUCUCCUGUGUGUGUGUGUGUGUGUGUGUCUGUAGGUCCAUCACUGUGUGGUGGAGUAUGCCACCCCUCUGCUGACACUGUAUAAGAUGUCUCAGGAGAGCAGUGCAGGGUUUGGGGAGAAGGACAGGAGAGAGCAGGUGCUGCUGUUCUACAGGACUCUACAGGACAUACUGGACCGUUCACUGGAGUGCAGGAACCGCUACCGACUCAUCCUGCUCAACGGUUAGAUAUCCUGUAUGUCUUCCUCUUAGUCGCUUAGAUUCUAUCUCUCUCCCUCUAUCUCUCCUCCUCGCUAUCGCUCUCGCUCUCUCUUCUCUCUCUUCUCCUCUCUCUCUCGCUCUCUCUCUCUCUCUCUCUCUCUCUCUCUCUCUCUCUCUCUCGCUCUCUCUCUCUCUCGCUCUCUCGCUCUCUCUCUCUCUCUCUCUCUCUCUCUCAACCUCUCUCUCAACCUCUCUCAACCUCUCUCUCAACCUCUCUCAACCUCUCUCUCUCGCUCUCUCUCAGCCUCCCUCUCUCUCUCUUUCUCAGCCUCUCUCUCUCAGCCUCUCUCUCUCUCUCUCUCGUAGUAUGAACCCUAUAUAAUUUUUACUUCCUGUAGAUGAACAUGAGGAUGACCCUCACUUCCUGUCCAAGGCCAUUCUGAAGAACCUGGAUCAGCAGGAGAAAGAAGAGUUCUAUGUUCCCCCUGUCAUCCCUCAGCCUGAGGUGGGCCGCCCAUCCCAUGCCCUGCCCCUCAUAGAUUACUGGCACAGAGCUGAGCCAAUGAGCAGGGAGCCUACGCUCAUGAUCAGUCAUGACAUGCCACGUACGCUCAGGGAACCGGUUGAGAAUUCGGAAGACCUUUCUCCGUGAGACAGGUCUAGAGAGAUAAACACACACACACACACACAGAAUUAUACAACAUAAUUGGCCCUCAUAAAUUGCACGUAUGUACAACAGCAGCAGCACUAAACCAGGCUGCAAGGAAGGAGCCCUCAAAGACAUCUCAAAGUAGAGCAAGAAGGCCUUGCUCUCCCCUUCACCCUGCCACUCAUUGGUUUACAUACCAGGGUCAGAUUGCAUACAAACAGAGGAAUAACAGAACAUUGUUAAUGGUCUAAUACAAUCCUGUGUUGGCUGUAACAUUUGGCCACUUACUGUAAGUGUUGUGUUUCUGUAUGCAUACAAACAAACAGAGUUCAGAGUCAAUUGACCAUAGCAACCCUGCUAAUUCCUCUCAUUGCGUGCAUGUUGUGCUACACUCUCCUCAGCUCUGUAAUUCAUCUGUCCGUACUGUAUGUACAACGCUAUGAUGGAUUUACAUUGUUUGCACAGCUUGAACCAUGGGGUGAAGUAAAACACACAGAGAGAGAGAGAGAGAGAAGAGGAGAGGAGAGGAGAGCGAGAGAAGAGCAGAGAAGGGACGAGAGAGAGAGAGAGAGCAGAGGAGAAGAUGCAGAGGAGGAGCGGAGAGAACGAGAGAGAGUGAGAGAGAGAGAGAGAGGAGGAGAGAGAGAGAGAGAGAGAGAGAGAGAGCAGAAGAAGAGAGAGAGAGAAAGAGAGAGAGAGGAGCAGAUGAGAGAGAGAGGAGAGAGACGAGAGAGAGAGAGAGAGAGAGAGAGAGAGAUGGAGAGAGAGAGAGAGAGAGAGAGAGAGAAGAGAGAGAGAGAGAGAGAGACAGAGAGAGAGUGCGAUGAGAAAAGGGAGAGAGAGAAGAGAGAGAAGAGAGGACGAGCUGAGGACAUGAAUAAUAAAAUCGUAGUAAGCAGUAAACUUAUAAUAUAUAUUGUGUAUUACAAGUACCUAUUAGUUUUAUAUUAUAUUGAGGUCGUAGGGGGUGAUGGUAAUGAUAGCCGUGUAAUGAUGGUAGGUGUUGUCAGUGUAAUGAUGGUGGUAGUUGUAGUAGUAGUAAUGAUGAUGGUAGUUAGUACUGAUAUAAUGGUGAGGAUGACAGUUAGUUAUAAGUUAGUUAUAGUUUCAUUUUCCGUGUUUAGACUUUUAUAUUUGUUAUAUUUCUUUGGCAACUGCUUUGGCAACAAUGUAUACAACGCAAUGUACAACUCAAUGUUUUUCAUGCCAAUAAAGGAGCUUGAAUUUGAGAGGAAAGAGAAAGAUCCCAUAUCUGCAUGCCUGGCCUGGGGCAAGGGAGUGGGCUGA